AUGCAUAACUCUGAAUCAAAUAGCCGAUGGACUGUCUCCAUUCGAGUAGCUGCCUCUGCAUCUCCAAAGUUUCACAAGCCACCGUCCUCUUCCAAAUUGAAAACCAUAAUUAUUGUGAGUGCUCUCGCUCUCGCUCUUGCUUUGAGUCUCCUUUCAUUUUUAAUGUGGCAAAAGUAUCAGCUACCACCACCAGUAGACACGUCUGUGGAUUCCCCGGACUGUUUUCUUAGAAUGUUUAGUUGCAUGGAGUUGAAACUUGCAACUACGAAUUUCAGGUCUAAGUUGGGAAGUGGAGGAUUCGACUGUGUGUUUAAAGGAUCUCUACCAGACGGUACACUUGUGGCCGUAAAAAAAUUGGAAGGUUCAAGACAACUUGAUAAGCAAUUCCGAGCAGAAAUCAGUUCUCUUGGCAACAUACAACAUGCGAAUUUGAUCAGACUUCGGGGUUUUUGUGCAGAAGGAUCCAAACGGUUACUGGUCUAUGAUUACAUGCCCAAUGGCUCUCUCAAUUCCUUACUGUUCACUAGUAAUUCCAAGAAAAAACGGAAGGUACUGGACUGGAAGACCCGAUUCCAGAUCGCGUUAGGCACUGCGCGAGGUUUAGUUUAUCUCCACGAGGAGUGUAGGGAUCGCAUCAUUCACGGCGAUGUAAAGCCCGAAAACAUUCUGCUAGACGGUAAUUUUUCACCCAAGUUGGCAGAUUUUGGGUUGGCAAAGCUUGUGGGUAGAGAUUUCAGCCGUGUACUGACAACAACGAGAGGAACAAGAGGGUAUUUGGCUCCAGAGUGGAUUUCUGGUCUUCCCAUCAGUCCCAAGGUUGAUGUUUACAGUUUUGGUAUGACACUCUUGGAAAUCAUUUCUGGCCGAAGAAGUGUGGAUUUAGACACGGAAGAUUCAAGUAAGUAUUACUUUCCCGCUUGGGCUGCAACUCAAAUUUACCAGGGGAAGACAACUAGUAUUGUGGACGAACAUGUUGCAGCAGAGGCAGAUAUUGAAGAGGUGAGAAGAGCAGGCGUUGUAGGGUUGUUAUGCAUUGAAAGGAGGAAGAGAUGA